CCACUUCUUCCGUUAGAAACAGAAUCUGUUGAUAACUUAGUUGAUAGUGAUGAUGAAGAACCGACACCGCGACAAUCUAUAAGUCGAGAAGCCAUGUGCAGACUCAAUGAGAUGCGAAUAAAUAAUCAGCUCUGUGAUGCAAAGAUAAUAACUGAAGAUAGUUGUUUUAAUGUUCAUAGAAAUAUCAUAAGUGCAUGUAGUGAUUAUUUCAGAACUCUUUUCAUAACAACUUUAAACCCCGAAAACGUCACAUCAACAUCAGUCAUCGGAAUUGCUUCAACAGAGAAGAUGGAAGUGAUUAUCAGAUACGCUUAUCUGAGAGACAUAAACGGAAUAAUGGAUUCGAAUGUAGUUGGAAUAUUAUUCAUCUCGGAUUAUUUUGGAAUUCAUGGACUUAUCAACUAUUGCAUUGAUUUCAUCAUAAAACAUCUUUCAUCUGAAAAUUGUGUUCUGUUUUGGUUAAUGUCAAGAUAUCGAUCAAUUCCACGAUUAAUGGAAAAAUCACGCGGUUACAUUGUCGAAAAUUUCAUUCACGUUGCUGUUGAUUGUAAAGAUUUACUGGAAUUGGACAUUGAUGACUUUUAUGGCAUCGUCAACGAUGAAAUGCUUAACGUGAAGGAGGAAAACGUUGUGUGGGAGUGCGUAUUACGAUGGAUAAAUUAUCAACCCGAAAAGAGAAAGCAAUAUUUAUGUAAAUUAAUGCAAGCAAUACGUUUGGGAUUGUUGACAAGUUCAUUUUUUAUGGAAAAUGUCAAAGAAAAUCAUUACGUGAAAAAUGAUCAAGAAACUCGACCAAUAAUUCUUGAAACGAUGCGAUUUCUUUGUGAUCUUGAAACUAUUUCUGUCAAAAGUAGUGAAAUGAAAAUGCCAGCUAUUGCAGUUCCACGUCUUCCACAUGAGGUGAUAUUUGCGAUUGGUGGUUGGAGCGAAGGUGCACCUCAAUCAGUCAUUGAGACUUAUGACACAAGAGCUGAUCGAUGGGUUCGAAUUUAUCAUGAAGAUCCUUCAGGUCCAAGAAGUUAUCACGGAACUGCUGUCAUUGGUACAAAACUUUAUUGUUGCGGCGGUUUUAAUGGCCAUGACUAUUUCAACACAUGCACUCGAUUUGAUGCAGUUAAAAAAACUUGGCGUGAAAUUGCACCGAUGCAUAAUCGAAGAUGUUAUGUGUCAGUUGUGUCACUUAAUGGAUUAAUUUAUGCACUUGGUGGGUAUGAUGGUCAAACACGACAAAACACUGCUGAACGAUAUAAUCCAAGGACAAAUCAGUGGACGAUGAUAGCACCAAUGAACUUUCAAAGAUCUGACGCUGAUGCAUGUGUCAUGAAUGGAAAGAUCUUCAUCACUGGUGGCUUUAAUGGACAAGAAUGUUUGAACACUGCUGAAUAUUACACACCUGAGACAAAUACUUGGACUUUAUUACCGCCCAUGUUAACUCGUCGAUCUGGUGUUUCAUGUGCAUCACAUCGAGGAAUAAUUUUUGUCAUUGGUGGAUUCAAUGGACUAUCACGAAUGAACACAGGAGAGAAAUACGAUCCAGAUCGCCGAACAUGGACUUUCAUCAAAGAAAUGUUUCAUCCAAGAAGUAAUUUUGGUCUUGAAAUUAUCGACGAUAUGAUUCUUGCUGUUGGUGGAUUUAAUGGCGUUGUAACAAUCUCUCAUUGUGAAUGUUAUGUGCCGGAAAAGAACGAAUGGCUUGAAGCUACUGAUAUGGGAAUUGUCAGAUCAGCAUUAACAACAAAUGUCAUGCGAGGUCUUCUAAACAUUCGUGAUUAUACUCAUCAAGCACGAAACAAUCUUGUCGAAGAACGACGUUUAAGAAUACUUGGACUUGGCAACGAUCCAUCAGAAUCUUCAUUAUUCAACUUGAAUCGUGACAUGAGUUUUGAAUUGCUAGUUGGAAUUGGAGCUGAAGGUGCUGAUAGUGGAAGUGAAUUAGAAGAAUGA